AUGGAACCUAUAUAUAUUAAAUACGAUAGUAAUAAUAUAAAUACUGAUAAUUAUGAACCUACUAUUAAUUAUGAAUCUAAUGAUGAUUAUGAAUUCAAUGAUGAUGAAUCUAUUUACAAAGAGUCAGAUAUAGAAAUUCCAGUUGCUGAUUUAACAGAACCAAAUUCAUAUUCACCUUUUGAUAAUUAUGAAGUUAUUGCUACUCAAUCAUCUAAAUUAGUUAACAAUAAUAUGAACUCUAACUAUGAUAACGAUUCAUUAAUUAAUUUAAUUACUGAAAAUUUAAGAGUUGAAGAGAUUAGAUACUCUGCUUUGCCAAUAGAAUAUCUACCUACUUCAGAGCAAGGCCGUCCUAGUGGAGGUAGUAAUAUAAAAGUUUGGUGUACUUUUUUAGACUAUGAUGUACAUAAAUACUAUUCUACUUGUCAAGGUAUUAAACAAUAUGUAUUUGCAAGUGAUGAAAUUCAAAAUACUUUAUACAAAGAA